AUGACGCAAUACGGGGACACUGCUCGCCGGCAGUCGCCUCUCCAACUUCAACGACCAGCAUCUCAUCCAUUUCUUAAACCUUCAAACACCAUGUCUACCCAACGCUUCGCUCUUCCCCCCGGUGUCUACUACAUCCAGACCACAGAGGCUACUGCCCGCAACGUUGCUAACCCCAGCGGCGACGGUCAGCAGCUCUUCGUUGCCACGCCGUCUGGUGGCGCCGAGCAGCAGUGGUUGAUCUCCGGCAACGGCAUCAUCAGGGCCCUCAACGUCAACUCUGGCCGGUUCGCCUUGACCAAUCUGGCCUCGUCCGCCGUCCCUCAGGCCGUUACCCGCGCCACGAGCGGUGUCGAGUGGAUCAUCAACGUUGAAUGGGACCAGGGGAGCAACACCUUCAAGGGUCCCAUUCUCGCCAACGAUUCUUCCAAGCGCCGCUUCUCUCUCAACGGGAACAACAUCGAGCUGGCCGCUGCAUCCUCUAGCCAGGAAUGGGUCUUCGUCGCUGCCUAA